GCCUUCGAAAAAAAGCGGCUGCACUCACUUCGCCCAUUUUUCCAGUGCAGACGGUUGUGGUCUUGCCUGUUUAGUCUCCUUCUUCGCCCCUCACUCUUCCUAGACACCUCGAAAAUGCGCGAGAUAGUUCACCUGCAAGCCGGCCAGUGCGGCAACCAAAUAGGAGCCAAGUUCUGGGAGGUUAUCUCGGACGAGCACGGCAUCGACCCGACUGGCACCUACCACGGAGACUCGGACCUCCAGCUGGAGAGAAUCAAUGUCUACUACAACGAGGCCACGGGCGGAAAGUACGUGCCCAGAGCCGUCCUGGUGGACUUGGAGCCCGGCACCAUGGACUCUGUCCGCUCCGGACCCUUCGGACAGAUUUUCCGUCCGGACAACUUCGUUUUCGGUCAGAGCGGAGCAGGCAACAACUGGGCCAAGGGUCACUACACAGAGGGAGCCGAGCUGGUCGACUCUGUUCUGGAUUGCGUCCGCAAGGAGGCCGAGAGCUGUGACUGUCUCCAGGGGUUCCAGCUGACCCACUCGCUCGGUGGUGGAACCGGCUCUGGCAUGGGCACUCUCCUCAUCUCCAAGAUCCGUGAAGAGUACCCCGACAGGAUCAUGAACACGUUCAGCGUCGUCCCCUCUCCCAAGGUGUCCGACACUGUUGUCGAGCCAUACAAUGCCACGCUCUCAGUCCACCAACUGGUGGAGAACACCGACGAAACUACUGCAUCGACAACGAGGCCCUGUACGACAUCUGCUUCCGCACACUCAAGCUCACCACGCCCACCUACGGAGAUCUCAACCACCUCGUCUCGGCCACAAUGAGCGGGGUCACCACCUGUCUCAGAUUCCCUGGUCAACUCAACGCCGACCUCCGCAAGCUCGCCGUGAACAUGGUCCCCUUCCCCCGUCUCCACUUCUUCAUGCCAGGGUUUGCCCCGCUGACGAGCCGUGGCUCCCAGCAGUACCGAGCACUCACCGUCCCCGAGCUCACCCAGCAGAUGUUCGAUGCCAAGAACAUGAUGGCAGCCUGCGAUCCUCGUCACGGCCGCUACCUCACAGUGGCUGCCAUGUUCCGUGGACGUAUGUCCAUGAAGGAAGUGGACGAGCAGAUGCUCAACGUCCAGAACAAAAACAGCUCCUACUUCGUCGAAUGGAUCCCCAACAACGUCAAGACUGCCGUGUGCGACAUUCCUCCCCGUGGGCUCAAGAUGGCCGCCACCUUCAUCGGGAACAGCACGGCCAUCCAGGAGCUGUUCAAGCGCAUCAGUGAGCAGUUCACUGCCAUGUUCCGUCGUAAGGCCUUCCUCCACUGGUACACCGGAGAGGGCAUGGACGAGAUGGAGUUCACAGAGAUUUGUGAAUGCUCCCUCCCUCUCCUCUAUCUUACAGGCUGAGUCCAACAUGAAUGACCUUGUCUCAGAGUACCAGCAGUACCAAGAUGCCACGGCCGACGACGAGGGAGAGAUGGACGAGGAGGAAGAGGAAGAAGCAGAAGCCGCAUAAACGUCUCCCCUCUCCAUUGCACUUCUGCACACACACCAACUCUACUUGAUUUGUUUGUAUCUAUCGCGCACUUGUACCCACCCAACCAUGUCACUUGUAGAAAUGUAAAAAAGGGGGCUCGUGGCCAUUUUAUUGCUGUCACAUCGACAUCAAAAGAUUAGGAUUGAUAGUCUAUUG